GUGUGACGGGGGAUUUGCUUGUGUUAUUUCUCUCGCGAGAGUAUCGAUGGGCACAUUUCGGAUGCUGAGCUUUCCCCACCCAGAACCCACCUCCGCUUCAGCCUUUCUACUGUACCCGCGACACCACGUUUCUGCUCCGCCUCUACUCUUCCCCAAGCCGCCGCCCCUGAGUCUCGGUGGUGGGUUCUCGAAUCGGCGGAUCGGUGGCUUGCGGCAACCCCUAACGUUGUUUCACCAAUCAGGAGAAGGAAUCAAGCCUUUGUAUUUCUGUCUCGGGCUUUUUCCUUGUGGCAGUGAAAUCAGACUGGGAAUUAAUGAAAGCCUUAACCGGAAUUGAUUUAUUUUACACUCAGCAGAUCUCAUGUAACGUUGUGUUAUUAGUGUGAUUACUAAAUUUGGCUUGCCGGGACGCUACUGAUUGGCGGAGCGUGUGACUCGUGGAGAAGGCGAAUCAUUCCCCAGGACAAAGGCUGGAGGGUUGGGGAAGGUUAAGGAUCGUUUGGAACCCUUUCUCCCCCUCCCCAACAUGAGCACAUCCAGCACCGCAAGCUCCGGUAGCGCAAAUACCGGUACCGGCAAUGCCGUUGGAAGCAGCGGAGGCAACACCGGGGAGGGGGCGGAGGAGACGGCCAAGGACUCUGCAGACAUAGCUGCCUUUUACAGAUCCGGUUUUCGUAGAAAUGAUGAAUUGAAAGCAAUGGAGGUGUUGCCAAUUUUAAAAGAAAAAGUGGCAUAUCUAUCAGGUGGCAGAGAUAAACGAGGUGGUCCUGUAUUAACAUUUCCAGCACGCAGCAACCAUGAUCGAAUACGACAAGAGGAUCUCCGAAGACUGAUUUCAUAUCUUGCUUGUAUUCCUAGUGAGGAGGUGUGCAAGCGAGGCUUCACAGUGAUUGUAGAUAUGCGUGGUUCCAAGUGGGAUUCUAUUAAACCCUUGCUGAAAAUUUUACAAGAAUCCUUUCCAUGCUGUAUUCAUGUUGCACUAAUUAUCAAACCAGAUAACUUCUGGCAGAAGCAAAGAACUAAUUUUGGAAGUUCUAAGUUUGAAUUUGAGACAAGUAUGGUGUCUUUAGAAGGCCUUACCAAAGUAGUUGACCCUUCCCAGCUAACUCCAGAAUUUGAGGGUUGCUUGGAAUACAACCAUGAAGAGUGGAUAGAGAUCAGAGUAGCAUUUGAGGAUUUUAUUAAUAAUGCAACUCAUAUGCUGUCUCGAUUAGAGGAAUUACAGGAGAUGCUUGCAAUUAAAGAGUUGCCUCAGGAUUUAGAGGGGGCACGCAAUAUGAUUGAAGAACAUUCUCAAAUGAAAAAAAGGGUUAUAAAGGCUCCUAUUGAAGAUCUUGAUUUAGAAGGGCAAAAGCUUUUACAAACAAUACAAAGCAGUGAUAGCUUUCCUAAGAAGAACUCUAGUUCUGGAAAUGCAGACCUUCAAAAUCUUCUUCCCAAAGUUUCCACAAUGUUAGACAGGCUUCAUUCAACACGACAACAUCUUCAUCAGAUGUGGCACAUGCGAAAAGUAAAACUGGACCAGUGCUUUCAGCUAAGGUUGUUUGAGCAGGAUGCUGAGAAGAUGUUUGACUGGAUUACACACAACAAAGGUCUGUUUCUGACAAGUUAUACUGACAUUGGCACCCGUAAUAAUCAUGCUAUGGAACUUCAGACACAGCACAAUCAUUUUGCUAUGAACUGCAUGAAUGUCUAUGUAAACAUUAGCCGAAUAAUGUCUGUGGCAAAUCGACUAGUAGAAUCUGGACACUAUGCCUCACAGCAAAUUAAGCAGAUAGCUAACCAGUUGGAGCAAGAGUGGAAGGCUUUUGCCGCAGCCCUUGAUGAACGUAGUACGUUGCUUGACAUGUCUGCAAUGUUCCAUCAAAAAGCGGAGCAGUACAUGGGCAAUGUGGAUUCAUGGUGCAAAGCUUGUGGGGAAGUGGAUCUUCCAUCAGAGCUGCAGGAUCUAGAAGAUGCCAUUCAUCACCAUCAGGGAAUAUAUGAGCAUAUCACUUUAGCAUAUUCAGAGGUUAGCCAGGAUGGUAAAUCUUUAUUAGACAAACUCCAGAGACCAUUGACUCCUGGUAGUUCUGACUCACUGACAGCUUCUGCCAACUAUUCAAAGGCUGUGCAUCACGUCUUAGAUGCAAUACAUGAAGUCUUGCACCACCAGCGUCAGUUGGAAAACAUCUGGCAACAUCGCAAAGUUCGUCUGCAUCAACGCCUACAGCUCUGUGUUUUUCAGCAAGAUGUUCAGCAGGUCUUGGAUUGGAUAGAGAACCAUGGUGAAGCCUUUCUCAGCAAACACACUGGGGUAGGCAAGUCUCUGCACAGGGCCAGAGCCUUGCAAAAGCGACAUGAAGACUUUGAAGAAGUCGCUCAGAAUACAUACACCAAUGCUGAUAAGCUGCUGGAAGCUGCAGAACAGUUGGCCCAGACAGGAGAGUGCGAUCCAGAGGAAAUAUACCAGGCUGCUCAUCAGCUUGAGGAUCGGAUUCAGGAUUUUGUAAGACGUGUAGAACAAAGAAAAGUUCUCUUGGACAUGUCUGUAUCAUUCCACUCGCAUGUUAAAGAGCUAUGGACAUGGCUGGAGGACCUACAAAAGGAACUGCUGGAUGAUGUCUAUGCGGAGUCAGUAGAAGCUGUACAGGACUUGAUCAAACGGUUUGGACAACAGCAGCAGACAACCCUCCAGUUUACAGUAAAUGUCAUCAAAGAAGGGGAGGAUCUAAUUCAGCAACUAAGAGAUUCUGCUAUAUCCAGCAACAAAACUCCUCACAACAGCUCAAUCAAUCACAUUGAGACUGUCCUUCAACAACUUGAUGAGGCCCAAUCACAGAUGGAGGAGCUUUUCCAAGAGAGAAAAAUCAAACUUGAGCUAUUCUUGCAGCUUCGCAUCUUUGAGAGAGAUGCCAUUGAUAUCAUCUCAGACUUGGAAUCAUGGAAUGAUGAACUUUCUCAGCAAAUGAAUGAUUUUGACACAGAGGACCUCACACUAGCCGAGCAAAGGCUACAGCAUCACGCAGACAAAGCUCUGACAAUGAACAACCUGACAUUUGAUGUCAUCCACCAAGGACAAGAGUUACUACAAUAUGUGAAUGAAGUUCAGAACUCAGGGGUUGAGCUACUCUGUGAUAGAGAUGUAGAUAUGGCUACUAGAGUUCAGGACCUGUUGGAAUUCCUCCAUGAGAAACAACAGGAGUUGGAUCUAGCAGCUGAGCAGCACCGAAAACAUCUAGAACAAUGUGUGCAACUACGACAUUUGCAAGCUGAAGUCAAACAGGUACUCGGCUGGAUACGGAAUGGAGAGUCUAUGUUAAAUGCCGGGCUUAUCACUGCCAGUUCAUUGCAAGAAGCAGAGCAACUUCAAAGGGAACAUGAGCAGUUCCAGCAUGCAAUAGAAAAAACCCACCAGAGUGCUCUGCAGGUGCAGCAGAAGGCAGAGGCCAUGCUUCAAGCAAACCAUUACGACAUGGAUAUGAUCCGGGACUGUGCUGAAAAAGUGGCCUCUCAUUGGCAACAGUUGAUGCUUAAAAUGGAAGACCGUCUUAAGCUUGUCAAUGCCUCUGUGGCCUUUUAUAAAACCUCAGAGCAGGUAUGCAGUGUUCUAGAGAGCCUAGAGCAGGAGUACAAGCGGGAGGAAGAUUGGUGUGGCGGAGCUGAUAAACUUGGGCCUAACUCAGAGACUGACCAUGUUACUCCUAUGAUCAGCAAACACCUUGAACAAAAGGAAGCCUUUCUUAAGGCCUGCACUUUGGCUCGCAGAAAUGCUGAUGUCUUUCUGAAAUACUUGCACAGGAAUAGUGUCAAUAUGCCUGGAAUGGUGACACAUGUAAAGGCUCCUGAACAGCAAGUAAAAAAUAUUUUAAAUGAGCUGUUUCAGAGGGAAAAUAGAGUUCUUCAUUAUUGGACCUUGCGGAAAAGGAGACUAGACCAUUGCCAGCAGUAUGUAGUAUUUGAAAGAAGUGCCAAACAGGCUCUGGAGUGGAUCCAAGAUAAUGGAGAAUUUUACAUUUCCACACACACCUCCACUGGCUCCACAAUUCAGCAUACACAAGAACUCUUAAAAGAGCAUGAGGAGUUUCAGAUCACAGCAAAGCAAACCAAAGAGAGGGUAAAGCUGUUGAUACAGCUGGCUGAUGGCUUUUGUGAAAAAGGGCAUGCUCAUGCUGCAGAAAUUAAAAAAUGUGUUACAGCGGUGGACAAGAGGUACAGAGACUUCUCGCUGCGUAUGGAAAAGUACAGAACCAGCUUAGAGAAGGCUUUGGGCAUUUCUUCUGAUUCCAAGUCGAGUAAAAGCCUUCAGUUGGAUAUUAUUCCAGCCACUGCCCCUGGUUCCGAAGUCAAGCUUCGUGAUGCAACACAUGAACUCAAUGAGGAGAAAAGAAAAUCUGCUCGUCGAAAAGAAUUCAUCAUGGCAGAACUUAUACAAACUGAAAAAGCAUAUGUUCGUGAUCUUCGGGAAUGCAUGGAUACAUAUCUGUGGGAAAUGACAAGCGGAGUUGAAGAGAUCCCACCAGGCAUUGUAAAUAAAGAACACAUUAUCUUUGGAAACAUGCAGGAAAUAUAUGAAUUUCAUAACAACAUAUUCUUAAAGGAGCUUGAGAAGUAUGAGCAGCUACCUGAAGAUGUUGGACAUUGUUUUGUCACAUGGGCUGACAAAUUUCAGAUGUAUGUGUCCUACUGUAAGAAUAAGCCUGAUUCAACACAACUUAUCUUGGAACAAGCAGGAACAUAUUUUGAUGAAAUUCAGCAGCGCCAUGAGCUGGUCAACUCCAUCUCUUCUUAUCUUAUCAAACCUGUGCAAAGGAUAACAAAAUAUCAGCUUCUUUUAAAAGAGCUGCUGACAUGCUGCGAAGAAGGUAAAGGAGAGAUUAAAGAUGGGCUGGAAGUGAUGCUAAGUGUACCAAAAAGAGCCAACGAUGCAAUGCAUCUCAGCAUGCUUGAAGGGUUUGAUGAGAACAUUGAAUCUCAGGGAGAACUUAUUCUGCAAGAGUCUUUUCAAGUGUGGGAUCCUAAAACCUUAAUAAGAAAGGGGCGUGAGAGACAUCUCUUCUUGUUUGAAAUGUCUUUGGUCUUCAGCAAAGAAGUGAAAGAUUCAAGUGGAAGGAGCAAAUAUAUUUACAAAUCAAAAUUAUUUACCUCAGAGCUUGGAGUCACAGAACAUGUAGAAGGUGAUCCUUGCAAAUUUGCACUUUGGGUAGGCAGAACGCCAACAUCUGAUAACAAAAUAGUCCUUAAGGGCUCAAGUAUUGAGAACAAGCAAGAUUGGAUCAAGCAUAUAAGAGAAGUGAUCCAAGACCGAACCAUUCACCUGAGAGGCGCAUUAAAAGAGCCUAUUCAUAUACCUAAAACAGCUGCUGCUACAAAACAGAAACCUGCCAAAAGAGAUGGAGAAGACCUGGACAGUCAAGGAGAUGGCAGCAGCCAACCUGAUACAAUAUCUAUUGCUUCACGAACUUCACAGAACACAUUAGACAGUGAUAAGCUUUCUGGUGGAUGUGAGCUGACAGUAGUCAUCCAUGACUUUACUGCCUGUAAUAGCAAUGAGCUGACAAUUAAACGAGGGCAGACUGUGGAGGUUCUAGAGCGGCAUCACGAUCGACCUGACUGGUGUUUAGUUCGGACUACUGACCGGUCACCUGCAGCAGAGGGCUUGGUGCCUAGUAGUUCACUGUGUAUUGCACAUUCUAGAAGUAGCAUGGAAAUGGAAGGCAUAUUUAACCACAAAGAUUCCCUCUCUGUCUCCAGUAAUGAUGCCAGUCCUCCUGCUUCAGUAAUUUCCCUUCAGCCUCACAUGAUUGGUGCUCAAAGCUCUCCUGGCCCAAAGCGACCUGGCAAUACUUUGAGAAAAUGGCUCACCAGCCCUGUCAGGAGACUUAGCAGUGGCAAAGCUGAUGGACAUGUGAAAAAAUUGGCUCAUAAACACAAAAAAAGCAGGGAGGUUCGUAAAAACACAGACUCAGGUUCCCAAAAGGACUCUGAUGACAGUGCAGCAACACCUCAAGAUGAAACUAUCGAGGAGAGAGUGCGCAAUGAAGGACUUAGCAGUGGUACGCUUUCUAAAUCCUCCUCGUCUGGCAUGCAAAGCUGUGGAGAAGAAGAGGGCGAGGAAGGACCUGAUGCAGUUCCAUUGCCUCCACCCAUGGCUAUUCAGCAGCACAGCCUUCUUCAGCCUGACUCACAGGAUGACAAGACAUCAUCUCGGUUGCUGGUGCGACCUACUAGCUCAGAGACACCUAGUGCUGCAGAGCUUGUUAGUGCUAUUGAAGAACUUGUAAAGAGUAAAAUGGCUUUGGAAGACCGGCCAAGUUCACUUCAAGUAGACCAGGGAGACAGUAGUAGCCCAUCAUUCAACCCUUCAGAUACAUCUCUGCUUUCCUCCUCUUCUCCAAUUGAUGAAAUGGAAGAAAAAAAAUCAAGCUCUUUAAAAAGAAGGCACUAUGUAUUACAAGAGCUAGUAGAAACUGAACGCGAUUAUGUUCGGGACCUUGGCUAUGUGGUUGAGGGUUAUAUGGCACUUAUGAAGGAGGAUGGAGUUCCAGAUGAUAUGAAAGGAAAAGACAAGAUUGUUUUUGGCAACUUACACCAGAUCUACGAGUGGCACAGAGACUUUUUUUUGGGUGAACUGGAAAGGUGCCUGGAUGAGCCUGAAAGAUUGGCAUCCCUAUUUGUCAAGCAUGAAAGAAGAUUGCAUAUGUACAUAGUUUACUGCCAAAAUAAACCAAAGUCUGAACAUAUUGUUUCAGAAUACAUUGAUACCUAUUUUGAGGACCUGAAACAGCGUCUGGGCCAUCGACUUCAGCUUACAGAUCUGUUAAUAAAACCCAUACAAAGAAUAAUGAAAUAUCAGCUGCUAUUAAAGGAUUUUCUCAAGUACUCUAAGAAGGCUUGCAUAGAUGUAGCAGAACUUGAGAGAGCUGUGGAAGUCAUGUGUAUCGUACCGAAGCGGUGUAAUGACAUGAUGAAUGUUGGUCGUUUGCAAGGAUUUGAUGGCAAAAUAGUUGCCCAAGGAAAGCUGCUACUGCAAGACACAUUCCUUGUGACUGAGCAGGACGCUGGUCUUCUGCCCCGAUGCAAAGAAAGGCGGGUCUUCCUUUUCGAACAAAUUGUCAUCUUUAGUGAGCCCUUAGAUAAAAAGAAAGGAUACUCUACACCUGGAUUUCUUUUUAAAAAUAAUAUCAAAGUGAGCUGCCUUAGUUUAGAGGAGUGUGUUGAUAGUGAUCCAUGCAAGUUUGCACUAUUGUCAAGGUCUGCUGACUCUACAGAGAUGUUUGUUUUGCAUUCUUCAUCGCCUGGAGUGAGACAGUUAUGGAUUCAUGAAAUCAACCAAAUUUUGGAAAACCAGCGCAAUUUUUUAAAUGCCUUGACAUCACCAAUUGAAUACCACAGAAAUCACACUGGUGGAAGCAGUAGUGGCAACGUCACCUUUACCAGCAGUCCCAGCAAUUGUAGUGGGCUGGGUGGCUCCAGCCGAAGCAGGCCCUCUCGGAUUCCCCAGCCUGUUAGACACCACUCUCCAGUCCUGGUCUCCUCUGCAGCUUCGGCACAGUCAGAGGCAGACAAGAUGUCAGGUAUGUCAGCUCGCCGUGCACCAGUUGUACCUCUCAACCUCUCCUUAGACAAUAACCCCAGCCAGAAAGGUAGAGUAACUGCUGCUCCAGAGACAGGCGGGCGAGAUAAAGAAUCCAAUUCAGUGCCAAAGAUGAAAAUGCUUGAUGGCCCCAGGAAAUCAGCUAGUGGCAUUCCAACCUUAGCUGAUGGUGCACAGAAAGAAUUGCGUGGGAGCACAGAAGACAGUCGAAUUAGAAGCACUAUGGGCACUCUAACCUUAGGAAAGCCAAGAAAUGGUUCUGCCUCACCCCUCAACUCUCCUGUCACAAUUAAUUUUCCAUCGUCUUUUGGUAAGGAAUCAGGGCCACCAAGCAGUCCCCUUCAGAAAGGCUCUUUUUGGAGCUCAAUUCCAGGAUCUCCAGCCAGCCGACCUGGCUCCUUCACUUUCCCUGGAGACAGUGACUCUCUCCAGCGACAAGUUCAUCGGCACUCCACACACAGCAAGGAUACAGACCGCAUGAGCACCUGCUCCUCGACUAGUGAGCAGUCCGUUCACUCCACUCAGAGUAAUGGGGUAAGGACAGAGAGUGAAAGUAGCAGCAGUAGCAAUAUCUCCACCAUGCUGGUUACGCACGAUUAUACAGCGGUGAAGGAGGAUGAGAUCAAUGUCUACCAGGGAGAGGUUGUACAAAUUCUGGCAAGUAACCAACAGAACAUGUUUCUGGUGUUCAGAGCUGCCACUGAUGAGUGCCCUGCAGCUGAGGGCUGGAUUCCAAGCUAUGUUCUGGGUCACACAAGUGCAAUCAUCACUGAUAUGACUGAUGCAACUAUGAAGAAGUCCUCUUCUUGGCAUACAGCCCUUAGAAUAAGAAAGAAAUCUGAGAAGAGGGAAAAAGAUGGCAGCAGAGACACAAAACUAGAGAAUGGUUAUCGCAAAUCAAGAGAAGGACUAGCUAAUAAGGUAUCAGUUAAGCUCCUGAAUCCAAACUACAUUUAUGAUGCUCCUCCAGAGUUUAUUGUACCACUGAACGAGGUUACAUGUGACACAGGAGAGACUGUGAUUAUUCGAUGCAAAGUUUGUGGUCGCCCCAAGGCAUCCAUUACAUGGAAAGGUCCCGACCAUAAUACUUUGAGCAACGAUGGACACUACAGUAUAUCCUACAGUGAUCUUGGAGAAGCAACUCUAAAAAUAGUUGGUGUGACCACUGAGGAUGAUGGUAUAUACACCUGCAUUGCAACAAAUGACUUGGGUUCAGUAUCCGCUUCCUCCAAUCUUAGAGUGUUAGGUUCAUGGAGUGAUGGACUGAGAGUAAUCUGGAAAGAAAACUUCGACAUUGCUUAUAGUGAAGUGGCUGAACUUGGCAGGGGCAGGUUUUCUGUCGUGAAAAAAUGUGAACAAAGAGUUACAAGACGCAUAGUAGCCACCAAAUUUGUUAACAAGAAGUUGAUGAAAAGAGACCAGGUUACCCAUGAACUUGGAAUUCUGCAGAGCCUUCAGCACCCACAACUGAUCAGCCUUCUUGACACUUUUGAGACACCAGCAAGCUAUGUCUUAGUACUUGAGAUAGCUGAUCAGGGAUGUUUGUUAGAAUAUGUGGUACAGUGGGGAAACCUUACAGAAGAAAAGAUCACCUCAUAUAUGAGAGAGGUGCUGGAGGCCCUGCAGUAUCUUCAUAAUUGCAGAAUAGCACAUCUGGACCUAAAGCCUGAGAACAUUCUUGUGGAUCAGAGCCUAACCAAACCAACUAUAAAACUGUCAGACUUUGGCGAUGCUGUUCAGCUUAAUACCACUUACUACAUUCACCAAUUGUUGGGCAGUGCAGAGUUUGCCGCUCCAGAGAUCAUCCUUGGGAAUCCUGUCUCCCUUACCUCUGAUAUAUGGAGUAUUGGAGUUCUUACUUAUGUCCUUCUCAGUGGCGUCUCUCCUUUCCUUGAUGAAAGUGUUGAAGAGACAUGCCUGAACAUUUGCCGACUAGACUUUAGUUUUCCCGAUGACUACUUUAAGGGAGUAAGUCAGAAGGCCAAAGAAUUUGUAUGUUUCUUACUGCAGGGUGACCAGACAAAGCGCCCUUCUGCUGCUGUAUGUCUAAAGGAACAGUGGUUGCAGCCAGGCCAGCACAAACGUAGUGGCACAUUAGACAUGUCAAGACUGACCUCGUUUAUUGAACGCCGUAAACACCAGAAUGAUGUUCGACCCAUUGGUAGCAUUAAAAACUUCCUUCAGAGUCGCCUUUUACCCAGAAUUUAGAAGGAAAGUUCUCAUUCUCUUUCACCUGUCUGCUUACAGAGAAAAAUUAAUUUUCUUCCAAUCCGUUUUUCAUUGGUUGAAAUUAUUCCUGAGAAAACAAACUGGAACUAUUGUAUAUCGUGCAAAGUUGAAUUAUGUUCAACUAUAAUUUUAGGAUUCAAAAAAUUCCAGCUAUGGUAUGUUUGGUGAGGUGGAGAAGAUUUUGUACUCUGCUUUAAAAAAAAGGACAAACUACAGCCCUGCUGUUACAGUAUUUUAUUCAGGUUUCUGAAAAAAAUGUGAAAAAGAAAAAAAAAAUAAAUAGAAAAAGCAAGAGAACAAAAAAUACUAUUUUUAAAUGAUCAAGUAAAGCAUUUUGCAGUCUCUUAAACUCUUAAAGUUUUAAAGAUUUGCCCUUCCCUCCACAGUAGUACUUUUAUGUUUUUUUCACAAAUAAAUAAUUUAUUCCCCAUAUGAACACUGGGCUGUAUUGAAGCUAUGAAGAUUUAAAUGAUUGCAAUAUUGAGAUACACAAUCUUUAUCAGAUUUGAUUUUCACUUGGUCAUUUUGCAUUUCAGCAGCUUAGCCUCACCUUAAAUUGCACUGGUUUUCUUUGUUGUAAAUCCAAGUGUCAAAGUUGUGCAUACAGUAGAAUGGAAGAAUUUCCAUAUAAGCCUUACAUGUAAAUAAAUAAAUUACUCUGGUUCCACACUAGUAUGCUUUCAGCCCCUAAGCAGUUCAGUAAUUUGGUGCAUGAAUGUUAAUGAUAAACUGGGACUGGUUGCAAUGUCAUAGACUUGCAAUAAGUUGCCAAAUUUUUGCUGCAGCACAAGUGAGUCCCACCAGUCAUUAGCAACUAAGAGGUUUAUAUUCUGCGUUGCUAUUUUUCCUACAUGAAGGAAUAACGGCAAAAAUACUAAUAGAGAAUAUAGUUCAUGCUGUGUAUAGGUAAAGAUGUAAUCCUCAUCAGCCGAGGGGUUCAGAGAAGUAUGAAAAUGCUGUAAAUGCAGUCAUUGGAUUAUAGGUUUUUUUUAGGUUUUUAUUUUUCAUAUCAUGUGCAAUGUUGUGGCUUUAACAUUUUAUGCAACUAUUUAUGAAAAACUAUGUUGUAACUGUAAUAAAUAUACAAAAAAAAGCA